CAGUAAUCUCCUGCAUGUUGGAAAUUUCAAAAGUCCAGAAUUAGAAAUAACGCUGUCAAAAAACUAUGCUCACUGUACAUCAUCUUCAGCGCGGUCAAUCUGAACGCAUAGUUUGGUUAUGUGAAGAGCUGGGGAUUCCGUACGAAUUGAAAACGUACAAACGCAAUCCAAAGACAUACAGGUCACCUGACGAGCUUGCCAAAUUACAUCCUACGGGAGCGGCGCCGGUCAUCCAGGACGGCGAUGUUUUACUGGCUGAGACUGGGGCAAUAACUGAAUACAUUUUGAACAAAUACGGCGAAGGGAAGCUUGUGGUCGGACCCGACGAGCCCAAUUAUGCCGAUUACCUGUAUUGGCUUCAUUUUGCGAACGGGUACUUCCAGCCCGCGUUGUCCAAAUACAUGACGGCAGAGCGAGCAGGCGAAGACCCCCAAACUAGCACGAAUCCAUCCAUGUUCUUCAUCAGGCGAGGGCGGAAUGUGUCCCUCCAGAUGCUGGAGGACAGAUUGAAAAACAACCAAUGGCUGGCGGGGGACAAAUUCACGGCUGCUGAUAUCAUGAACGUGUGGUGCUGCACUACAAUGAGGUUGUUCGCGCCCUACUCUCUUGAAGGCUACGACGGGAUUCUCGCGUGGCUGAAGAGAGUUGGCGAGAGACCUGCAUACCGAAGAGCCAUGGCGAAGGGAGAUCCAGGGCUGGAACCGCUGUUGGGUCCCGAGAAACCAAGUUUUCUGAAGCUGUGAGGUUCUGCACGAGGCGUUUCUUUUUGAUCAACGUGGGGGCCUGUUGUCAAAAUCUGGCAGAGAAUCUGCAGACGGCGUGCGCUACUCUCGACUCUGUUUAGUACGUUUGCGGCUGCAACGCGGUGCUCCGAUCGGCCGUAAGGACUACCUAAUCUCGCCUCUCAGGCGUUUCGAAAUCGAUGACUCAAACGUAGCAUUUUUCCCGAUCUCGAUUGUGUCGACUGACUGUGUGCUUUCCUCUCUUUAGUUCUGCUCUACGCGUUCAACAGAUUACUUGCGUCUCAAACGGACAAGGUUCUACCAUGGACGCGCAUCUCUUCAGAUCUCAAGAUCAAAGAAGCUCUCCUCAAAAGCUAGAAUAGUGGACGUACGGAGAGAAGAGCUCACUCGCACCAGCAGAGUGGAUCAUGGUAGGGCGCGGCAAGUCAUCAUCCGCCGCUAAAUCCAGCGAGACGAGAAAGCGCCCGUUGCUCCAGACCCUUCCAAGACUGCUGGUACAAGUACGAGGUGUGCGGGGGUUUGGUGGGGA